AUGGUCCAGCCGCUGCUCCCGACAGUACCAUCGUCGAAGAAGAAAAAGCAUCCGUCAGCCAAGCGCCUGGACGCUGCAGAGCCAGACUGGGCCCCCAAGAUGGACUUUUCGAAGGUUAGCGACAGGAUCCUAAAGAAGUACAAGCGGACGUACAGCAUCAAGAUCAAGGCAAAGGAGACCCCGGAGGAACUGGUCGGCUCGGUCACAAAGCACUUCCACUCGCAGGUCGUCAGCGAGCGCGACGUUCUGCCAUAUUUUCUCUACUGCAUACACAACCAAGGUAGGCCAUCGAUUCAGGUCAAGCAUCGGUAG